AUGGACUUCGUCUUCGGAUUUCCCAAGGACGUUCAUAAGAAUACUGGUAUUGUUGUGUUUGUGGAUCGGUUCAGCACGAUGGUACAUCUUGUUGCUGUACCGGAGUCCUUCACAGCACAGGGCUGUGCACGUGUCUUCAUUGAUACCAUCUUCCGACUUCACGGGUUACCCCGUGAACUCGUGUCCGAUAGGGACCCCCGCUUUACGGCGGAGUUCUGGCAAUCCGUGUUCCGUUCACUUGUAACACGUUUGAAGACGUCGACUUCUAAUUAUCCAGAAUCAGAUGGUCGGACGGAACGCGUCAACCGCGUUUUCGAAGGAAUACUUCGAGGGUACGUCCACUCGUUUUUCGAGCUGGAGUGA